AUGUCUAUUGUGGCACAGGCACUUCUUUCCGCAUACCUUCAAACAUUGUUCGACAAAUUGUCCUCUCCAAUCCUUAGAGAAUUUCAAUCUCUGUGGGGUGUUGACAAGAACCUUAAGAAGCUGCGAAUUACAUUGGUGAAGAUCCACGCUGUGGUCAAUGAUGCUGAGCGAAAACAGACUAGUAACUCCUUAGUGAAGAUGUGGCUAGAAGAAUUCAAGCAUCUGGUUUAUGACGCAGAAGACAUAGUAGAUGAAUACACGACCGAAGUUGAACGAUUCAAAUUGGAAUCAGAAACUCAUCGGGCUGAUGCUGACCAGGUAUGGAGCCCGUUCUUUUCUAUUAGUCCACUUGAUAAGAUAAAGGAGAUAUUUGAUAAAUCUGGUACAGCAUCUAGAAUAAAAGCAAUCACAAAGAAACUAGAGGAACUCGCAAAAGAAAGGGAUGAACUCGGUUUAACAGAAGGUGCUGGAGCGAUUCCCUUAGUUGAAAAUACACAGAGACGAGAAACGAGUUCUCUGGUUGACGCAUCACGUGUUUACGGUCGAGAAAACGAUGCAAACAAGAUCAUUGAGUUGUUGUUGGAUAAGCCAAGUGAAGAAGAUGUGUUUGAUGUAAUUCCGAUUGUUGGAAUGGGUGGGCUUGGAAAGACAACUUUGGCUCAGUUGAUAUACAAUGACCACAGGCUGGAGGAUCACUUUGAUCUCAAGGCAUGGGUUUAUGUGUCCAAUCAAGAUGUUAAGGCUCUAACAAAGGCCAUCCUUGAGUCUGCCAUUGGGGAAUCUAGUGAUUUCUUACACCUGGAUCCACUGCAAGUUAGACUUAAAAAUACAUUGAGUGGGAAGAGAUUUUUACUAGUCUUUGACGAUGUUUGGAAUGAGAACGGCAAUGACUGGGAUGCCUUGAGAGCUCCUCUAACAUUUGCCAAACAAGGAAGCAAAAUAUUAGUAACCACACGAAGUAACACAGUUUCAUCUCUCAUGGGCACGGUUUCUGCUCAUGAUUUGGAGGGUUUAUCAAAUGAAGACUGUUGGUUAUUGUUUAAGCAAUGUGCAUUUGCAUCCAGAGACCCAGAUCCAAAUCUGAUAGAUAUUGGUAUGAAAAUUGUGAGCAAAUGUAAAGGCUUGCCUCUUGCUGCAAAGACACUUGGAAGCCUCUUAAGAUCUAAAACGAACGAGAAAGAGUGGAGAUGUAUAUUAAAAAGCAAAGAAUGGGAUGUACCAGAGGACAAAGACAAUGUUUUGCCAGCUCUAAGACUGAGCUACCAACAUCUCCCAGCACACCUGAAACGCUGCUUUGCUUAUUGUUCAAUCUUUCCAAAGGGCUACCUUUUUCAGAGAGUGGAGUUAGUUUUGUUGUGGAUGGCAGAAGGGUUUGUAAACUCAACAAGUGAAAAGCUAAUGGAAGAUACAGGUUGUGAGUAUUUUGAUGAUCUAUUAUCGAGGUCAUUUUUUCAAUGUUCUCGCGACGACAAAACAAAGUUUGUAAUGCACGAUCUCAUUCACGAUUUAGCACAAUCUAUUUCAAGGGAGAUAUGCUUCAGAUUGGAGAGCAAUAAGUUGAGCAACAUUGCACCAAAUGCUCGCCAUGCAUCCUUCUGUCCUACACGAAGCCAACCGAUACAGGUUAAUGGGUUUUGCAAGGCCAAGACUCUACGCACAUUUUUUCAACCUGCAAAUUAUGAAGUACUCUUAGAUGAUAACCACAUUGAUGAUCUGUUUCUUUCACUGAAAUGCUUAAGGGUGUUGUGCUUACAAGGUACCCUCUAUGAGUUGCCAGAUUCAAUAUGCAAUUUAAAGCUCCUACGGUACCUUGACAUACGCAACCUAGAUAUUACAUGGUUACCAGAGUCAAUUUGUAGCCUCUACAAUUUACAAACUUUAAUACUUCCUUGCCUCAAUAGGUUACCUGAAGGUCUAUGCAAUCUAAUCAACCUCCGACACAUCAAGACUCCACAAGGAUGGAAGGUAGAGGAGAUGCCACAUGGAAUUGGAAGACUGAUUAAUCUUCAAAGCUUGUCUGAAUUCAUUGUAGGCAUCAACAGUGGGUCCACUACAAUUGGAGAGUUGAAGGAUUUGAAGCACCUCAAGGGAGAGGUUUGCAUUUCGAAGCUAGAGAAUGUAGUCAUUGCUAAGGAUGCUGUUGAGGCCAAUCUGAACAAAAAAGAACACAUUGAAGUGUUGAGGUUAGAAUGGAGAAAUGAUUCAAGGGACGCAAGAAGAGUUGUUGAUGAGGAAGUGAUCAAAUGUCUGCAUCCUCAUUCCAAUUUAAAGCAAUUAAUCAUUAAUUGCUAUCACGGAUCGUGGUUCCCUGAUUGGAUUGGGAUGCUUUCCAAACUGGUAAAAGUUGAGCUUGGCAAAUGUAAACAAAUCAAGGUCCUUCCUCCUCUUGGAGGGCUACCCGUGCUCAAACAUAUUGAGAUACUGGGUAUGGAUAAUCUACGGUCUGUGGGGUCUGAAUUUUGUGGGGCAGGAUUUCAAUCACUAGAAACAUUGAUAUUCAAGGAGAACCAUGAAUGGGAGAAAUGGUGUUUCGGAGGGACAGACCAAGAAGAAGAAGAUGCUAAAUGUGAACAACUAUUCCCUCGCCUCUGUGUGCUUACAAUUGAAGAUUGUCCGAAGUUGAGGAGACUGCCUUCUUAUCGGUUUCCUUCCUUGUUAGAAUUGAAAUUAAAAAAUUGUCAAGAACUCACUUCUCCUCGAAUAUGCGUAAGUAUCUCAAAUGAACCAUCUUCAUCAUCWUCAGCUUCUUGUUCUUCUUCGAUGGCAGGUAAAGAACUUUCUUGUCUUCAUGACCUUGACAUGAGCAACUGUCUCAAAUUGAAGGAAUUGCCAGACCAUCUUCCAUCCUUGACAUCCUUGAAGGUAGAGAAAUGUUUGGAAUUGGUAUCUCUUCCACGGCUUCCAUCUAUUUGUAGAAUACAAAUGUUGAAUCUGAAUGGGGAAUUACUGUUGCACAGUGUUCCCAAACUAACUUCUCUUUCCUCCUUGCGUAUUUCUGGUAUUCAAAGUCUCGUAUGCCUACCUAAAGAAUUCUUUCAAUCCCUCACAGCAAUUGAAGAAUUGGUAAUUGAAAAAUGUCCCAAUCUUGGGAAGGAGAUAGUGGGCUUACAUCACCUUGUUUCUCUUCAAUAUUUGAAAAUUACUGAAUGUCCUGAACUUGAGGCCUUGCAACAUCUUUAUAACCUCACUUGUCUGGAACGUCUAACCAUCGAGAAUACUCCAGGGCUUACAUCAAUGACGUUGCCCCCCAGCCUAAAUAAACUUUCUAUCAUUUCUUGUGAGAGGUUGAAGCUCUGGACCUUGGGGUUCAAUAAACUCAGUACUCUUGAAUUUUUACUCAUUUCUAAGUGUCCUGGUCUGGCAUCUUCUGCAGCAUUGAAAGAAGAGGGUUGGUUGUUGCCCACUUCCCUAAAAUCUUUACACAUGGUCGAUUGUAGUGAUCUUGAAGUCCUUUGUGGGUCUGGUUGGCUUCGCAAGCUAACAUCUCUUGAAGUAUUGACCAUUGAAGAGUGUUCCUCUCUCGUGCAUUUCCCUGAUGGAAGGUGGCCCACCUUGAAGAUAAUUUGGUUCAAAGAUUGCAGCAAUCUUGAGUCUUUCCCCCACGGCAUGAACAACUUGAUGGCAUCCCUUGAAGAAAUGUGGAUAUUCAAAUGUCCACGACUGGUGACCUUUCCAGAAGGGGGAUUGCCCACGACACUGAAGAGACUUAUCAUCAGCGGAUGCGGCAACAAUCUAGACACCCUACCCAAGUGCAUGGGACUGAACAAGCUUACAUCUCUUGAAGAUUUGACCAUUAGUGACUGCCCCGGUCUCAUCUCCUUCCCUGAGAAAGGAGAGGAGGAGUGGUUGUUACCCACCUCUCUUAUCGAACUUCGCUUCUGGAAUGUUAAUAGUCUAGAGUUCCUACAACUUGGAGAGCUACAGAGACUCACCUCUCUAGAAUAUCUGGGCAUUUCUGACGCUCAUAAACUCAAGUCCUUUCCAGAAAAUGGACUCCCUGCCACAUUUCGUCACUGGAUUUAUUUGAAUGCCCUCUUCUAG